AUGUCAAAAUCAUUAUCAUGGGAUGAUCUAGAUUGCCCCGUGCAACCAUGGAUUCGUACCGCGAUAGAAGUGAUGGGAUUUGAUCAAAUGACACCGGUCCAAGCAUCAACAAUUCCUCUAUUUGCCAAGAAUAAAGAUGUCGUGGUAGAAUCAGUGACUGGAUCUGGUAAAACUGUUUCCUUCGUUAUCCCCAUACUCGAGAAAGUCAUUGCUGAGAAUGCAAAUACCAAAAAUUUCAAAAAGGCACAUUUCCAUACUUUAAUUGUGUCCCCCACAAGAGAAUUGUCCAAACAAAUUAAGUCUGUCAUCGACCAAUUCUUGGAACAUUACCCCGAAGAUCAAUACCCUAUAAGGGCACAAUUAUUGGUUGGGACCAAUGAAAGUACUGUACGAGAUGACGUUAAUGAUCUUAUCGAAAAUAGACCACAGAUAUUAGUGGGAACUCCAGGGAGAAUAUUAGAUUUUUUGCAGAUGCCCGUUGUGAAGACCACGUCAUGUAGUAUGGUCAUCCUUGAUGAAGCUGAUAGAUUACUAGAUGUUAGUUUUGUGAAGGAUGUGGAGAGGAUCUUGUCAGUUUUGCCCAAACAAAGAAGAACUGGGUUAUUUUCUGCUACUAUUAGUAGUGCUGGGAAUACAAUUUUUAAAACAGGGUUAAGAAAUCCAGUAAAAAUUACAGUAAAUUCGAAAAACCAUGCACCUUCAUCUUUGAAACUGAAUUAUAUUGUCGUCGAUCCAGAAUUAAAAUUUCAACAACUAUUAAGUAUAGUAAACAACUAUAGGUACAAGAAAUGCAUUGUUUAUUUUCCCACAUGUAUUUCCGUGACAUAUUUUUACUCUUUCAUCCAAUUUUUACAAUCCAAGGGCAUAAUAAAUGAAAACUUAUCUAUAUUUUCUCUACAUGGGAAAUUGCAAACUGUUUCGAGAAUGAAAACAUUAGAAAAGUUUACAGAAACAUUGGACAAUUCUGUUCUUUUGACUACUGAUGUGGCUGCUAGAGGUAUUGAUAUUCCUGACGUGGAUUUAGUCAUUCAAUUAGAUCCACCUACCGACAGUGACAUUUUCUUACAUAGAUGUGGUAGAACUGGUAGAGCUAAUAGAAUUGGUAAAGCCAUAACAUUCCUAAAUAAGGGAAGGGAAGAAGAUUACGUUCCAUUCAUGCAAGUGAAAAAUGUGGAGCUAGAAGAAAUUAAAGACUUGACAAUCAAAGGUUUACCAAAGCCAGAGGAAUUCUAUAACAUGUUCAAGAAUUGGAUACUUGCAGAUAGAUCAAGAUUCGAUCACGGUGUAAAAUCAUUUGUUGCCUUCAUUAGAUAUUAUUCAAAUCAUUCUGCUAGUUCCAUAUUCAGAUUACAAACUUUGGAUUAUGUGAGCAUAUGCAAGAUGUAUGGUCUUUUCCGUCUACCGAGAAUGCCAGAGAUAACCAAAUAUCUGAAAAAAGAUGAUGAUCCAGAAAAUUCAGUUAUCUUUAAAGAUGGUUGGUUGGUUGACCCUCCUGUAGAUUUGGAUUCUUUUGCCUAUGCUGACAAGAAACAAGAGAAGAAGAGAUUAGAUGAACUAAAACACUUAAAGGAUAUUCACGACAAGAAGAAAUUGAAAUUUGAACUAAAGAAGAAGAAUAUGGCAUGGUCCAACAAAACAGAGACUAAGGAAACGAAGGCAGAAAGAAGAUUAAAAAUGAGCAUAAAGAGGAAAGCCAUUGAAGACCAAUUGGCUAAAGAGGACAACGGCGAUAGUGAGGAUGAUGAAGUUAAACAAGAUUGGAAAGAAGUUGUCAUGCAAAAUAAGAGGCAAAAAACAAGUUCAAGUGGUAUACAAGGCAGUUUUGAUGAUUUAUAG